AUGGUCCUCGCGCACAAACUCCAGGUCGCCGUCUCUGGACUCGGCCGCAUGGGCCAACGCCACGCCCUGCACUUCCUCGAACACACGCCCCGCGCCUCGCUCGUCGCAGCCUGCGAUCCCUUCCCCGCCUCACGCGAAUGGGCAGAGCAACAUCUCGCACCCUACGGCGUCAAGAUCUACGCCGACUUCGACGAGAUGCUGCAACACGAAGGACUGGAAGCCGUCAUCGUCGCUACGCCCACCACGUUCCAUGCGGAGCAAUCGAUCAAAGCCAUCAACGCCGACAAGCACGUCCUGUGCGAGAAGCCGCUUAGCAUCAGCGUCGAGGUCAGCCAGACGGUCGUUGACGCCGCGAAGAAGAGACCGCAUUUGAAAGUCAUGUGUGGCUUCUCGCGGCGCUUUGAUGCCUCGUACCGCGAUGCCUUUUCGCAAUUGGAGAACAUCGGUCAGGCCAGCGUGAUUCGGUCGCAAACGUGUGAUAAGCACGAUCCGUCUGGCGUUUUCGUCAACUACGCCCAGCACUCUGGCGGACUAUUUGUCGACUGCAACAUCCACGAUAUCGACCUCAUCCACUGGUUCCUCGGUGCUGGCAGCAGGGUGAAGAGCAUUUCCGCCGCGGGCAUCACUGCUGUUGCACCGGGAUUGGCGCAGUGGCACGAUGUCGACAACGGCGUGGGGAUCAUCGAGUUCUGGGGAGGCAAAAUCGCAUAUGUCUAUGGAUCCCGAAUGAUGGCUGCCGGCCAGCACGACAUGACGGAAAUCAUCGGCACAAAAGGAAAGCUUGUCGUCGGUGGAGCACCGCAGAUGAAUUUCCUGGAGGUGCACGAGGCGACGGGCAUUCGAAGAACCAUCCCGGACAGCUACUAUGGUCGCUUCCGGGAGGCGUUCAUCACGGAGGCCAACGAGUUUACGCAGUGCUGCUUGGACGAUCGGGAACUUCCGUAUACCAUUGAUGAGGCUGUACAGGCUCUGGUCGUUGGCGCUGCGCUUCAGGAAAGUGUGCGAACUGGACGGAAGCUGUACUUCGAUGAGCUCGGGAACAAGGUCGACCAUCCCGGCACGAUCGUAUAA